UCUUUUAUUAGAUUAGCUGAGCAGUUGGGAUUGAGUUGGACAAGCUUUCAAAUACAAGACACUCUUCAUCAGGUCACAUUAAUAUAGACUGCACUCACUGUAGUAACUUGAAUGAAGGCUCUAAGUCCAGGCACAGCCUAAAUGAAGGAUACAUGUAAUGGAACAGUUUUGCCUCUCUCCUGUAGGUGGUAGCAGUGUCUGAUUGUCGACCUCCCAGGAUGGAUGAGUUGCUGCCACGCCAAGGUGAUCUCAUCCAAGUCCUGUACAGGCAGGAUGAGGUGAGGAACUUUGGCUGCCUGCAAAAGAGCCAGCAGCGAUUCUUUCCUGGCAAAUGUGCAGCCAAGCACAUGGGAAGUUCUGAACAAGAGUCAUCCAAGUCCUAUGCUAACCACUCAGAUGGAAAAUUUUCAUUUCCGGCAUCCCCAGUUACCCACAUCAAAAUGAAACGGGCUGUAGUCACAGCAUCAGCUACAGAUGACAGUGCUUUUGCAGAAGACUACAGAAGGCACUCAAAGAAGAACACUGACUAUGACUUAGCCUUGACCCCAGGAGCAGAAGUUUCUUUACCUCUGACAGGCAGCAACUUGUGUGGAACACCUGGCAUCCUGAGAAAAAUGUGGAUGAAGCACAAGAAGAAGCCAGAAUAUCUAGGAGUAACAAACAGUGCCUUUGAAGCAGACUGACAAGCCUCAGCUUUGCUUUUGCAAGAAAUUUAUUUACCAAGGGCAAAACAUGGACACAAUACUUACCAAACACUAUCUCGAGCCUUUGCCUUACCUGGUCAGGAGAAAGGAUAAUAGUGAGGGAAAAGGUGAAUGUGAUCAAAUUCAAUAGUCAGUAUUCGUAUUGCAAUAUUUCUGAUGCCAGUCAAGUUGUAACAGAUUCUACCCUUGAUUUUUUAAUACAGUUAACAUAGUCAUCACAUUUCCUUGUUCUAUCUUAAAUAAGUUAGCUUCAUAAUGACAAAAGACUACAAAGAAGUUUGUGUAUCCCACAAGACCUCAACUUCAGUAUGCCAUUAACACCCAGUUCUGCUUUCCAUUUUGUACUACUACACUGAACUAUUCUGUCCCUUCCUCCCUUGUCAUUUUCUCUGAGGUACAAAAGGUAAAAACCAAAUCCCCUGGAGGACACACUUUGCUGAGUGCAUUGAUCCAAUACAUGUUUAUUCUGUUUUGUAUUUGAGACAGGACUAGAUAAGUGAAAGGAUAUGAAACGAAUGGGUGGGUUAGUCGGAACUGAACCAAAACUUUGGUGCACAACCAGCAAUUGGUUGUUUUAAAAUAUCAUGCCCAGAUCACAUCAUGCCACAUCAUGCAUCUGAAAGUCACUCAGGAGUUAUACUGUUUCAUAGAACCUGCUCUAAUGCUAAAUAUAAAAUUUCAAAGUAAUACAAUAGCAUUGUGGUACAGAGCAUUUUGCCAAAUGCAUGAGUUACUAAGAGACAGAUAAGAUGUUGAAACCGUACAGCUGGACUACUAAGUAGGAUUUUGCACUCCUGCAGUGAAGCUUGCUCUUAAAAGCUAAUCACUUUAAUAAGAUUUCUUCAAAAGGAGAAAAAUUGCUGAUUUCAUAUUUCUGGCAGCGUAGGAGCUGCUGAUCGUGUUUCUUCAUCUCCCCCCUGCAAAAAAAAAAAAGAAUAUCCCAAAAUAAAUUUUUUAGAAGCAUUACAAGCAACUUUAUAUUUGAUAAGACUGAAAAAAUGACAAAUGCACAUGACGCACAUGGAGCGUGCCUACCAGAUCUGUCCCUUAAUUUGCCAGAAUGGACACAUUUUGAAUUUGUUCUAAUGCAGGACUUCAACAUGAAUUUUCUGACAUCCCUUUGCCCCUGUGAACAUAAGAAAUAUCAUCAGGAAUGAUGCAAGGUGCAACAGUCCAAAAUUUAAAUUAAAAAGGUGAUUGGACUAAUCCAUUCAUCAUCUGCAUUUUAAAUGAGAGUGGUUCCCAUACAGUCAGUGUAAUUAAAAUGGCUCACCAUCACGUGUAAAGCCCCCCCACCCUACUUCUCAUGUUUCAAAAUGGCCAGGGGGCACUAUAAAAUUCAUUUGACAAGCUUUAGUUGGAAUGCCCCCAUGACCAUUUUGAAAUGCAAAGGGCUUAUAACAUGUGAUGCUGAGGCAAUACUGGAGCGUUCUAAUUAGAAUGUGAAGCAGACUCAAUUAAUCAAGUCUACUCCAGUGUGUUCUAAUUAGAAUGCUAAUGAGCAUGUCUAUAGGCAUCCUUAAAAAUUGAAACUCCACAAGUGAGAAACUAGAACUUCACAAUGAAUCACUGCCAUCCAGUGAACUUGGCUCCAUAUUAAUGCUUCAUUUGCAGUUGUAUCCUUCAGAAAGAGGUGCUGAAUUUUUCUGGAAAGCUAGGAAAAUCAUUUUAGUUCAAAAUAGCUCAAUCUACUGUCUUACCAAGUACAUAAUCAUUCCCUAGUCCAGGAUCUAUACACAGACUCAGUCCAGAGAGGCAGAUCACUACAUGAGAGAGGAGAAUUGAAAGCUGCUGCAUGUGUCACAAAUGAUGUGACAAGAGCUAGCUACACAGUUCAUGCUAUAAAUACUCUCUAUGUUGGGGAGAACUCCCCUAGGUGGGGGAUUGUAGGAGUGGCCCUACCUGCCUCUGAGGGUGUGCACAGAAGUUACAUUUUCACAUGAUGAGGCCCCAGAAUGUUCUCUAUAUCCACAACACAAAAUGUUCACAGCUGCAGAGCACUUUUAAAAUGGCCAAAUCACAUGAAAAUGUAACCCUCAUCUGAUGUAGUAUCAGACAGGGGUGCUGCAGGGCAGAGCACCUUAGAGAACCUCUGUACAGGUUCCCUGAGAGGGUUAAUUUUGGGCAAUGCCACCCACAUCCUAUGCAGUUUUGUGGGACUGGGCUAGUCCUCAUGUGGGCAAGCACGAACCCAACCCCGCCCCCAGGCUGUCACAAAGAGGAGACAGGAAACCUGUUUCCUCCCUGUGCAGCCAGAUGGGGUGAAAAGAAGGGAAUCCCAUUGCUGCAUGAGCCUCCCACCAGCUACCCCUGCUGGGGUCCUGGAGGGAGCUGGGCUGGGCCCACAUGGCAAGGGGGUCUCCCUUUCCCCAACUCCCCACUUCCCACACAAAGGUUCUGACAGCAGCAGAGUGCCUCACCCAGACUUGGGGAGAAAACAUCCUCCUGGGCCCAUCCUAGCUCCCCCCAAGACUCCAGCAUAGACAGCUGGGGGAGCACACAAGGUGGGGGGGCUCCAUUUCUUCCCCCCCAGCCCCAGUUCUGGGUGCAACAGCCUCUGCUACUGUCAAGAUAUUCACAUGGAGUGUGGGGAGAAGGAAGGGAGCCCUCCCUGCCAUGUGGGCCUGGCUCAGCUGCUCCCCAGACCCUAGCAGGGACAGUUGUGGGGGGAAGGAAAGGGAAGGCAUGCAGUGGGGGGCUCCAUCUUCCCCCCUCCCCACAGCUGCUGCUUACAGUUGCAACUGGCUGGGAUUGGGGCUGGGGAAAGGGGUGGUCUGGCAGCCUCCUGGGAACAUGGCUAAAGCACCUUCCCAACAGGCUGCCUAGACUUCUGUACAGACCCUGAGACAUACUACUAUUACACGGAGCAGAAGAGAGGAGAGUUAUGUUGGAGGAGGUCUGUGACUUUUCAGGGAACAGCAAAUAUGUCAAUAGCUAAGGAAAGCUGAGUUCAAUCACGUCUUCAUAUCUUCAACACAGUUUGAGGGGGUUAAUAGAACUUUGCAGAAAAUUUGUUGAAAAACAGGGUUUUUUUUUCACAAAGGCUCUUCCCUCUGCAAUAUACUUGACACAUUUAGUGCCAUGGAUAACCCAUAUAAUCCUAGGGCAAUUAACCCAUCAGAAAUCUUUCUUCUUGGACAACAGCAAGUUGCAGUCAGAAUGAAGGAUGAUGGAGACCAGCUAGGAAAGGGAAGACGGGAGCAAAUUACUAUUUUAACACAGGGUUUGAUGCUGGAAGGGAAUGAGCACUGGCAACUUCUACUGACAUCCAUAAGUGUGAAGGGUGCCCAGCACUUUACAAGAUCAGAUCCUUAAAGUUUGCAUUAACCCUUAGUAGCAAAAAUGAAAGAGAAACAAAUAUACUGUGGUGAACAUGUUUGUUAUUACCCUAAAAUAGAAUAGU